AUGGUUGCGGCAGAGCGAAACGAACUUGAAAGAGAAAAUCAAGACGAUAAGACAAUUCGACGAACAAAAAUCGACAUAAUCAACGCAUCGAAAGAGGAAAACGUCGAUGAACUUGUAACGCAAGGAAUUGAAGAAUCAGACAACGCGAUAGCGGAACUGGAAAGAGUAUUACUCGAGCUCGAUGAUGAAUUUUGUAAAACGCAGUAUGCCGCGGAUGCAAGCCUUAAUCAAAGUCAUUUGACAACCUCCAGCGAUAUGUCAGUCGGUAAAAUCGUUCGAGCUAAGCUCGAAACUUGAACUCAGAAAGUUUAGCGGGAAGAUUUGCGAAUGGCAGGAGUUUUGGGACGGCUUUUCAAGUUCAAUCGAUAACAAUGAGCAAUUGUAUGAUGUCGAUAAAUUUGCGUAUUUACGCGGUCUAUUGGAAGAGCCAGCAAAGUCAACAAUCGCUGGGUUUUCUCUGACAGAAGCAAAUUAUAAGUCAGCAGUAGAACUCUUAAAGAAACGGUUUGAUAAAAAGAGCGCAGUCCAGCGAGCACACGUGAACCGUGCGUGA